CCCGCGCGCCGCACGCCAGUGUUGUGCCGGCUCUCGGAGCGGAAGGUCGCGUCGCCCCGGCCGAGACCAAACUAGCACGUGUAAUACUACUCGCGAUAUCAGUGGCGUGAACAUGACUUUCUGUUGUCAAUCGUGGGAUUUCUCUGGAUUAAUUGUGAUACAUCACGGAGUGUUUGCAAAACAGUGAAAAAGCUAAUCACGAGAUAAUGAAGAUGCAGUGUCUGUUUUGUUAUUAUCGCGGUCGGUGAGCGGAAUCAUCUAGUGAUGUGGAGAAGCCUGAUCGUGUUAUGUUUGUGGUGGACGGCGUCCGGCGGGGUCCGGCAGCCGCCGCUGACCGUGCCGCUGUGUUGCCCGGCCGAGCACGCGCUGGCUGCGGCGGCCUUGCAGACCCAGAUCUUAGGCUCGGCGGAUGCGGCCCGUGCUUGCACCCCCGUAGAUGCACCGGUUACGUGGACACCACGGGUGUUCGCCCCGGCUAGGGGCGCCCUGCUGCCGCGCUUGCCGGCCAACUGGAAACUCGGCGGCGGCAUGUUGCCCGAGUGCGGGCCACUGCGCGUGCUGCACGAGCACGCGGCACCGUACGCUCUCUUGGCUAACAACGGCUCGCUGUGGGUGCGCGACGCGGCCUUGCUGCUGCCACCGGCGCGGUACUGUGCGGACGCGGCCGCCGCGCUCGUCUGCCUGGAAGACGCGCCGCAGCCGCCCUCCAAGUGUUGCCAGCAAGGCUGGACGUUCGACGGCGGUCGCUGCGUGGAAGACGAGGAGCGUGCGAUCGGGGCACUGGAGGAGCUGCGCGCGCUCGUCAACGGCAGCUCGGUAGGGCUCGGGUUCCCGGCGUGUCCCGAAGGUUCCCACUAUUCAGUGGUGGGCGCGGUGCACAAGGCGACCCUGGAGCCGGGCGGCGCGCUGCGGCUGGAGGACGAGGUGCUGGCGGCGGGCGCGUGGUGCGCGGACGGCGUGGCGGGCGAGCGCGGCGCGCGCGUGCUGGCGUGCUCGCGGGCGGCGCGCGCGGCGCGGCCGGCGCAGGCGGCGCGGCACGUGCUGUACGGCGCGGGGCUGGCGGUGGGCGCGGCGUUCCUGGCGGCGACGCUGGCGGCGGGGUUCGCGCUGCCGGCGGCGCACCACGCGCUGCACUGGCGCUGUCAGACGCACUACGUGGCCGCGCUGAUGCUGGGCGACGUGCUGCUGGCCGCUACUCAGCUCGCCUCCGAUCAAGUGCCGCCCACGCUCUGCCGUGCUCUUGCGGUGUGCAUGCACUUCUUGUUCCUGUCCGCCUUCUUCUGGCUCAACACCAUGUGCUUCAACAUCUGGUGGACCUUCCGUGACUUCCGUCCGACGAGCCUGGAGCGAGGUCAGGAGGCGUGGCGCCUGCGCGUGUACAUGCUGUACGCGUGGGGCGGCCCGCUGGUGGUGGCGGGCGCGGCCGCGCUGCUGGACUCGCUGCCGCCCGACGGCUCCGGCGCCAACUUCCUGCGCCCGCGCUUCGCCGUGCAGAGAUGCUGGUUCUACGGUGACAUGGAAAUUCUGGUGUACUUCUUUGGGCCGGUGGGCGUGCUGCUGUUCGUGAACCUGGCGCUGUUCGUGUCCACCACGCGGCAGCUCACGUGCGGGCUCUGGCGGCGCGACGAGGUCAAGUCCACUUCCGAAAGGGCUGCUUUGGGUCGCGUAUGUGCCAAGCUGGUGGUAGUGAUGGGAGUGACAUGGGGCGCGGACGUGGUGUCGUGGGCGGCGGGCGGGCCGGACUACGUGUGGUACGCCACGGACCUGCUGAACGCCUUGCAGGGCGUGUUCAUAUUCCUGGUGGUGGGCUGCCAGCCGCACGCGUGGGCGGCGCUGCGGCGGCUGGCGGGCGGCCUGUGCUGCGGGCGCGGCCGCGCGGGGCCCGGCGCCGCCACCCGCGCCACGCACUCCUCCACGCACCUGCCCUCCUGCGGGGAGUCGCUCACGCACACCACCGCCGCGCCCCCCGCGCCCGCCGCGCCCGCCGCGCCCGCCGCCUCCAACGGAACUAACAACAAGAUCCCGAUGGAAACCGUGUGUUGAGUGCGUACUGAAAAUCAUUGAAAAUCGACCGAACAGUUUUGUUGUCUUAGUGCACCAAAGGACUCUCGACUCGAAGUAUACAAGUGAACUUUUGAACAUAUUUGAGUGAACUGACUCUAGUGGACAGCUUUAAUGUACGAUUCGUAUUUAUUCUACAGUAUUAUUUUUGUAUUUUCGUUAACGAUUACGAUGAGUUGUUUCGUAUGAUCCGAUUGUAUUGUAGUGUUUGUAUCUACGAUGACCCUGUUUAGAUCAGAGCUUUAAAUCUUCUACACAUCCAUAACUUAAAGUUAUACACAUAAUGUUCACACAAAUAAAUUUGAAUUCCGUUUCUUAACCCCUCAACAGUCCCAACUGUUGUUCAGUUGGGACUGUUGGAGGGUUAUAUUUAUAUAUGACUUAUUUAAUUAAACAAGAAAAGUUGUGGGAUGUGUAGAAUAGGAGAAAGUAUCUUUAUGAUAAUGUAUCGACAUGAUAGUAAUGUAUGUUCGUGCGACGGUACUCUCGUUGAUUUAACUCGGUUGUUGUCGACGAGACUCCGCUCUUGCCCUGAUUCAUUGGCUGUUGAAUAUUAAUAAAUUAUCACGUUAUU